UGCCCAUAUCAAAGGUGGUUUCUGUAGUAAGGAAGAUAAAGUUGGAAAGAGUUUGCAAGCUUAGCCCAGAACUGGGAGUCAUUAGUAAAAAAAGAAAAUACAGGGCAAAUUCCAAUGAAUCUGCCAUAAACUACAUAUUCAGACCUUAGCGCUCAAAGGGAUGAGGCACAACACACAAGUAGAAUGGGUGGACAAGGGAUUACGUCAGGCAUUUCUAAAACAUGAGGAGAAAGGUGAGAAGAGUAAGGGCAAACUGUGACAAGACCAGUGAUGAUAACCUAGUGCUUAGGAGAUGAACUGAGAACAUCUGACAUUGGUGACAGAGAGCUGAAGGGCAGGCUUGGGGGAUGCUGCAUUGCGGUUACCUUUUCCAUCCCCAAAAUGACCACAAGCACAGGAGGCAACAGCAGAGGCUGUGCAAGUACUAAAAAAAGAAUCUCAGGCAGCAAAUGUGAGAAUCUAACCUGGUAUAAAACUGCUCACAGCUAGGAAGGUAACAGAACUAAAACAGGAGAAUGAAUCUCUAAGAGCUAGCCAGUCUGCAUACAGGAACACAGUAAAUUGUCAGCAGGCAGCAGAUUAAAGGGGUAAACCAGCAGUAUCAUGAAAAAAGCAGGCAAAAAAGGAAAGAACCAGGAUCAUACCAGUGGAAGGAAGGAAAAACAGGAAGGAAGAAGAACUGCCAAUGAGGUGGGAACUGUGGCAAAAGAUAGGUGGAGACUAUGAGGGUUGAAAAGAAUGGGGAUGAGAUAAAGGAAUCAGACAAGAAAUUAGGAGUUAUAGUGUGAGUAUGGGAUCAGGAUUUGUGUUUGCUGCAGGAGCAGGGAGAGUCUGAAAAAGAAAACUCAUGCAAUCAGAAGAGAGGCACAACAGGAAAAGCAGGAGGAGACGAAAAGCUGCAGAAGGAUCUGGCAGUAGCUACUUGGCACACUGGCAGAACACACUUGCAAAAUGCCGUGAGGACAUAUUUGUGCAUGUUUCUUUUUGCCAGGCAGCCUUUCUAGGCAAAAAUGCUCAAGGAGGCAAAAGAAAGUAGUUUGGGUUACACUAAAUGGUAUGGACACAGACAGACAGUGGGAGAACAGCUGCUCAGAGAGCACAGCCCUCCAUUAAUGAUGGUAGCAGGUACCAAAGUCAUCCAGACAGAAAAAUAACAGGGGAGGGCCGGAGAAGGAUGAAAUCUGUAGUUAUCUGCCUUUUAAUGCAACUGCACAAAUGAAGAUGCAUAAGCAAGCCAGCAUCCUGUGAUCAGAUAGCUUUCUAUGACUCACUGUAAUGAACCUAAGGUUGAUUUUCCACUAAUAGUUAUGACAUUGCACCAAACCCACCACUGAAAUUAAAUCAGUAAGAUCCAAAUCCAAUCCAACUUGCAUAAUUUUUGACUCGCACAGAAGUAACUGUAACUAUUUACAACAAAGACAGGCAAACAAGUAUUUAUGAAUUUCUACAUAAUAGGCACAUACUGGGCAAAAGCCACAAAAUUUGAGUUCUAUAAAAAUGGCAGAGCUGAAAAGUUUGCUCAUAAAGCAUGCAAACUCCGAGAUAGGGCUCUUAGUAAUCUCCCCACUCUUGACACUUCCUGAAGCAAGUGUUGGUAAACUUCCUCUUCAGCUGCAGAAACCUACUUCAACAUGAAACGAGCCAUUUUAAGCUGCUUGACUUUCAGCACACAGUCUGUCUUCCUAAGGCUUCAAACAAAAAAAUAAGACGAUGCUUGCCCGAUAGAAGAUAAAUGUGCAGGAGAGGACAUAUUUAAAGAGGCUACAGAAAAAUGGCCAGCAACCAAGUAAUACUGGUUCUCUUCUAUGGAGAAAUCUGGAAAUCACUUUCUACAGCAAUACCUCAAAAUGUUUCCAUGAAUAAAAGAAAUGCAUAUACCAGUAUCAGGAACCCAGUGGAAGACAAAGCUCCUCUACAUCAGUUGCAAGCAACUGGACCCAGUUUACACAAAUCUGGAAGAGCACUGACUGUUGCGACACCACCUCAGUUCCCUAAAGCACAUGCAGAACCUAGCGAUGGAAGCUGGAUAGCAGCACUGAUAAUUGGUAUCAUUUUGGUUAGUAUGGUAAUAGCUAUUAUUUUAAUUCUUCUGUGGAAGUGCUGCAAGAAGCCAGUUCUAGUUGAUUCAAAUUGGGCAGGUCGUUCUCCAUUUGCAGAUGGAGAUGUACCAGAUGUCUUUAUGGACUCUGACCAGACUACCAAACGUUCAUCAGUUUUAUUUAUGUUGCCUUGGAAAUUGAAGCAAGACUCAAACUUACAGCAGGAUCCCACCGCAUCAGAGAAACCAUCCCACUGCACUACCAGUAAUGAAAACCGGCAAUUGCCUCCGCCAGCCGAAGCCUGCUCUGCAGCCGGUAUUUCAGUUUCCAACACGGAUGCGUCUCCAGCUCCCACCUCAGCGGCAGCAAGCUGUGCACCCGACCCUGGUCCUCACCCAGCGGCAUCACCCGAAUCCCCCGACCUGCCACCUCCACCUGACUGGCUCAGCGAACCAACAGAGGACCACAGUUCGGAUCUCAGCAAGCACCAGGAGUUUCACUCAGAAACAGAGCAACAAUUUCCCCCACCACCCGAGUUACAUAGUCAAGAGAGCCAAGAACCACUGCCCCAGCCAGAACACCCUUUGCAGACUGCCAAAACUGAUUUCCAGCAUACUUCACAUUUUUCUUAAAUGAAGUAUUCUUCAAAUAACUGAAAAAAAGGGGAAGUUGACGCAGGCAAGAACAGUGAGACCACAGCAUGGGCAUUUCCCCUGUGUUUCUUAACUUCAGCUUUCACAAAAGGCAACAACUUGCUUCUGCCUGAAGGAAAUCAUUACAAAAUACAAUACGGAUUGUGCCCACUAAUUAUUUGUAACUAGUGAUUCCAGAUUUUGGAGAUUACAGAAAACAGAGUAUGCACACCUUUGUGUGCCAGUAUAUACACACACGUAACUACACAUAAACACAGAGCUUUCAGGAAACAGUACAGCUUUAGAGGGACUCAGCUUCUAAAAAUUGUUUGUUCUACUAGGCUGUAUAAGUGAAUGCAAUGAAUUCAAGUUCAUUUUAAUAAAGCUUUCUAAUUCAAA